AUGCCGAAGAACAAGGGAAAGGGCGGCAAGAACCGUCGUAGGGGAAAGAACGAGAACGAUAAUGAGAAGCGCGAACUCACAUUCAAGGAGGACGGGCAAGAAUAUGCCCAGGUCCUGAAGAUGCUUGGGAACGGCAGACUCGAGGCCCUGUGUUUCGACGGUGUCAAGCGCCUCGGCCUGAUUCGCGGCAAGCUCCGGAAGAAGAUCUGGAUCAACAACGGCGACAUCAUUCUCGUUUCGCUGCGCGAGUACCAAGACGAGAAGGGCGAUGUGAUCCUCAAAUACUCUGCCGACGAGGCUCGUUCUCUCAAGGCAUACGGCGAACUCCCCGACAACGCCAAGAUCAACGAGACAGACACCUUCGGCCCCAACGAAGACGGCGACUGCGGUUUCGAAUUCGACGAGGACCGCGACAGCGAGAGCGAAGGCGAGGGUGCCGGCGGCAAGGAGGUCGUCAUCGACGAUAUUUAA